GGAUCGACUGCCGGCGAUGAUGGUGCCCCGCGACGAGGUGGGCCUCUGGAGCAUCCUCAAGCACUGCAUGGGCAAGGACCUGUCGAAGAUUACCAUCCCGGUGGUGUUCAAUGAGCCCCUCAGCUUUCUGCAGCGCAUGGCGGAGAUCUUCGAGUACUGCAACUAUCUGAACAUUGCCGAUCAGUGCGAUGACGUGGUGGAGCGCAUGGAGAACGUCUGCGCCUUCAUCAUCUCCAGCUACUCGUCCAACUACCUCCGCCUGAACAAGCCCUUUAACCCGCUGCUGGGCGAGACUUUCGAAUUUGAGGUGCCCUCCGCCCAGACGCGCAUCGUCCUGGAGCAGGUCUCCCACCACCCGCCCAUCAGCGCCUGGCACGCCGAGUCCCCUCACUUUGUGAUGCGCGGCAGCAUCAACCCGCGCCUCCGCUUCUGGGGCAAGUCCAUCGAGGUGAAGCCGGAGGGCUCGCUGGAGCUGACGCUGAAGCGGAGCGAGGAGACGUACACCUGGAAGAGUGUCAACUGCUGCGUUCACAACAUCAUCGUCGGCAAGCUGUGGUUUGAACAAUACGGCGACGUGGAGGUGGUGAAUCACUCGAACAAGUACCGCAUAUCGCUGAACUUCAAGUCGGCGAGCUGGUUCAGCGGCUACGAGCUGAACCGCUUUGACGGCUUCAUACUGAAUGAGCGCAAGGAGCGGGUUCGCUUUCUCUACGGCAAGUGGAACGACUACCUGAAGUCCGCCUCGCCGGCCGACUACGAGGAGUACCUGCGGACGAACAAGCAGUUUCGGGUGCCCGAGGAGGCGGCAGUGAUCGGUGACUAUCAUCACGACAACUUUGCCGCCGGCUCGCGGAAGGUCAUCUCCAAGCUGGGCAGUCUGACGAAGCAGCUGACGGGCACUGGAGGUGGAAGUGGUGAUGAUAAAACUCAGGAAACUCUAACAGCCUCUGAACAGCAGCAGGAAGAAAUGGGUGAAAGUGGUCAGCAGCAGCUGCCGAAGAGCGACUCGUCGCACUCGCUAGACAUCAGCAACUCGCGCAUCCUCUGGAAGGUGCAGCCGCGGCCGGAGCACUCGCCCGCCUACUACCACUUUAACAGCUUUGCCUUCUCCCUUAACGAGCUGCCCGCGGACAGUACGCUGGUGGACACCUAUCCCAUCACCGACUCGAGGUUCAGGCCGGACAUUAGGAAGCUGGAGGAGGGCGAUCUGGACGGUGCCGCGGCUGAAAAGCAUCGCCUAGAGGAGAAGCAACGUGAGACGCGGAAACUGCUGAAGAAGCGCAAAGAAAAGGAGCCAGAGCCACUCUGGUUCGGCAAACAGGUCAGCCCACUGACCAAGGAGGAAGAGUGGACCUUUAAUCAAAAGUAUUGGAAUCGCGACUGGUCUCGCUGUCCGGAUAUCUUCUAG